AUGUGAUGCAACUGCGGAAGUAACUUUCAUAACUGACCUAUGAACUUUUGUUUCCCAUGGUGCAUCAGUCAGCAUGGCGUCCAUCGAGUAAAAAAGAAAGAAAGAAAGUGAAAACAUCGUGGUUUCCUCUUGUUUCUGAGCACGUGAGCAUCUGACACCCCAGCCAUGUACGGUGUGUAUAAGCAGACCCACACCCCCACCACGGUGGAACAUUCCGUUUGGUGUAACUUCAUCUCGGCACAGGAGAAGAGUCUGGUGGUGGCUGGGACCACACAGCUCCAUGUCUACAGGCUGAAGGGGGACAUGGAGGUACUUACACACUCGUCUUCUCACCAGAAGAGCCGUAAACAGAAGAUGGAGCUGGUCGCAUCGUUCUCGAUGUACGGGAACAUCAUGUCGGUGGAGUCUGUCCAGCUGGCAGGGUCCGACAGGGACGCACUACUGCUCAGCUUCAUGGACGCCAAGCUGUCCAUAGUUGAAUAUGACCCUGGUACCCACGAUCUGAAGACUGCCUCCAUGCACUACUUUGAGGAGGAAGAAGUUAAGGAUGGGUAUGUGAGUAAUUACCACGCUCCCAUGGUGCGUGUGGACCCAGAAGGCCGCUGUGCAGUCAUGCUGAUCUAUGGUAAGCGGCUGGUGGUGCUGCCCUUCAGGAAGGAGGGGGCAGUGGAUGAGGCGGAGAUGUCAGCGGGCAGUAAGUCGUCCAUCCUGCCCACCUACAUGAUAAAGCUACAGGACCUGGAUGAGAGGCUGAUCAAUGUAGUGGACCUACAGUUCCUCCAUGGGUACUUCGACCCCACCCUCCUCAUCCUGUAUGAACCUCUACAGACAUGGCCUGGGAGAGUGGCAGUGCGUCAGGACACCUGCUGUAUCGUUGCCGUCUCUCUGAACAUCGCCCAGAGGGUUCAUCCAAUCAUCUGGUCCGUGGGCAACCUGCCCUUUGACUGUAAGCAGGCGGUCGCCGUCCCAAAGCCCAUAGGUGGAGUGUUGGUGUUUGCGGUGAACUCCCUCCUGUACCUGAACCAAAGUGUCCCCCCAUACGGAGUCUCCCUCAACAGCAUAUCUGACCAGAGCACAUCCUUUCCACUCAGAAUACAGGAAGGAGUGAGGAUCGCCUUAGACUGCGCACAGGCUUCCCUCAUCUCCUACGACAGACUGGUCAUAUCUCUCAAAGGAGGGGAACUUUAUGUCCUGACCCUGCUGAUAGACGGGAUGAGGAGUGUUCGAGGGUUUCACUUCGACAAGGCUGCAGCCAGCGUCCUCACGUGCUGUAUGUGCAUGCUUAGCCCAGGGUACCUCUUCCUGGGGUCCAGACUGGGCAACUCACUGCUGCUCAAGUACACAGAAAAGGCAUUGGAAGGGGACACAGGCAUACUCGAUACAGCUGACAAAGUUGGGGAAGAACCUCCAACCAAGAAAAAGAAGCCAGAUUCUGACUGGAUGCCCUCAGAUGUUUCCACCAUGGAUGUGGAUGAGAUAGAGGUAUACGGCAGUGAGAAGCAGACAGGAACACACAUCUCUUCUUAUGUCUUCGAGGUCUGUGACAGCAUCAUGAACAUAGGGCCCUGUGGGAGGGUCACUAUGGGGGAGCCUGCUUUCCUGUCAGAAGAGUUUGCUGAUAACCCAGACCCAGACAUAGAGCUGGUGACCACUUGUGGAUAUGGCAAGAAUGGAGCUCUAGCAGUUUUACAGAGAAGUAUCCGGCCCCAGGUGGUGACGACCUUUGACCUGCCAGGUUGCCUGGACAUGUGGACGGUGAUCGGGAUUCCGCCCGAGUCUAAACCACAGGAGGAGGGGGAGAAGGCAGAAAGUGCUGGCUCAGAAGAGAAGCCUGAAGGUGAAAAGGAGGAGACUAAAGAGGAGGGACCUCCUGAUGUGGACCUGACCAACAGUCAUGGCUUCCUUAUACUCAGUAGGGAGGACUCCACCAUGGUUCUUCAGACUGGUAAGGAGAUUAUGGAACUUGAUCACAGUGGAUUCAGCACCCAGGGGCCCACAGUGUAUGCUGGGAAUAUAGGAAACAACAAGUACAUUAUCCAGGUUUCACCAUAUGGAAUCCGACUUCUACAAGGAGUGAAGCAGUUACAGCACCUGCCCUUUGACUCUAAGGGCCCCGCCUUUGUCCUGGCGUCUGUGGCUGACCCCUACGCCCUGGUGAUGAGCGAGGAUGGACAGAUACUCCUGCUCACCCUGGUGAACGACCCGUACGGCAGCGGGCACAGACUGUCCGCCAAGAAGAUAGACAUGGCAGGAAAAUCCCAGGCGAUAACAGUGUGUGCGUAUCGUGACACCAGCGGCCUCUUCACCGUCUCCUCCCCCUCCACUACGACACCCGCUCCAGAGGUGGAGAAGGAUGCAGCAGAACCAGCCGCAGAAGAUGCUGUAGCCAUGGAAACCGGUGUGGACGAUGAGGAUGAAAUGCUGUAUGGGGAGCCAUCUGCUAAGCCAUCUGGACCUGCUGUAGUUAGAGAGGAGGUGAAACCAAGCACCAGCACUGUGCAGGAGCCAGUAGUGAAGGAGGUGGAGCCCACCCACUGGUGUGUCAUCUGUAGGGAGAACGGGUCACUGGAGAUCUACAACCUGCCAGACUUCAGCCUGGUGUACCUGGUGAAAAAUUUCCCCACAGGCAUGAAGCUACUGGUGGACAGUUUCCAGUCUACGUCCUCUGCAAGUACCAGCCAGUCUGACAAGCAGGGUGAUCAGCUGGCCAGUGUGAAGGAGAUCCUCAUGGUGGGUCUGGGGCACAAGGGAUCAAGGCCUCAUCUACUGGCCAGAGUAGAUGAAGACCUCCUGAUAUACGAGGCCUUUCCUUACCAUCUGUCUCCAUCUUACACCAUGCUGAAGAUUAGGUUUAAGAAGGUCCAGCACAACCUGAUCCUACGUGAGCGGAAAGGCGGGAAGACCAAGAAGGCAGGAGACCAGGAGGAGUCAGACGGACAGACUGGCAGCAGGAUCCAACACUUCAGAACCUUCACCGACAUCUCAGGGUACUCUGGGCUGUUUAUCUGCGGCUCCUCUCCCCAUUGGCUGUUCAUGACGUCCCGCGGUGCUCUGCGUAUCCACCCCAUGAGUAUCGACGGAGCUGUUACGUGCUUCUCACCAUUCCACAACGUCAACUGUCCCAAGGGCUUCCUAUACUUCAACAGAGGGGGAGAGUUGAGGAUAUCUGUCCUGCCCACCCACCUGUCAUACGACGCCCCCUGGCCCGUCAGGAAGGUACCGCUGAGAUGCACUCCUCACUUCGUGGCCUACCACAUGGAGUGCAAGGUAUAUGCUGUGGCUGCCAGCACUUUUGAGAUGUGCAACCGGAUCCCCAGGAUGGCAGGGGACGAGAAGGAGUAUGAUGCAGUAGAGAAAGAUGAUAGAUACAUCUACCCCAUGUUGGACAAGUUCAACAUACAGCUCAUGUCACCAGUCAGCUGGGAGAUCAUUCCCAAUACAAGACAUGAGUUUGAGGAAUGGGAGCACAUCAGUACCAUGAAGAACAUCCCCCUGAAGUCGGAGCAGUAUGUGUCUGGUAUGAAGGGCUACAUCGUGGCAGGGACUGUGUCUGUACAGGGGGAGGAGGUCACGACAAAAGGAAGGAUUGUGAUCCUGGAUGUGAUUGAAGUUGUUCCAGAGCCGGGGCAGCCUCUCACCAAGAACAAAAUCAAGGAGCUGUAUGGUAAGGAACAGAAGGGACCAGUGUCUGCCCUGUGUGGAUGUAAUGGGUACCUGCUCAGUGCCAUUGGACAGAAGAUUUUCCUGUGGGAGUUCCGUAACAACGACCUGAUCGGGGUGGCCUUCAUCGACACUCAGGUGUACAUCCACACCGCCAUCUCCAUCAAGAACUACGUCAUCCUAGCUGAUGUCUUCAAGAGCAUCUCACUCCUCAGAUAUCAGUCUGAAUCAAAGACUCUGUCACUGGUCAGUAGGGAUAUGAGACCCCUGGAAACCUACUGUGUGGAGUUUUUUGUGGACAAUGCUCAGAUUGGGUUCCUUGUUUCUGAUGCCCAGAAGAACUUCCUUCUGUACAGUUACCAGCCAGAAGCCAGAGAAAGUUAUGGUGGUCAGCGAUUGGUCAGGAGAGCAGAUUUCAACGUCGGCAGCCAUGUCAACACAUUUUUCCGUGUCCGCUGUAAGAUAAUGGACCCCAGCGGAGAGAGGAGGAGGGACGCUGACACUGUCGCUAAGCGACAUGUCACCAUGUUUGCAACCCUGGAUGGUGGCCUGGGAGCCCUCCUCCCCAUGGCUGAGAAGACCUACAGGAGACUGCUGAUGUUACAGAACACCCUCAUGACACACAUGCCCUUCCCUGCAGGGCUCAACCCCAAGGCUUUCAGAAUGCUGAAGCACAACCACAGAUCAUUGAUCAACGCAUGUCGGAACAUCCUGGACGGGGAGCUGCUCUGGAAGUUCCUGCACCUCAGUGUGGUGGAGAGGAGUGAGCUGGCCAGGAAGAUUGGCACUUCUCCUGAAACUAUCACAGAGGACCUGAUGGACAUUGACAGGCUGUCAGCACACUUCUGAUCCGACAUGGAGAGCACACGUACCUGUGGCUGUACUACAGAAACCUGGGAGUCAACUAUAUAUUACUACAUGUAGUACUACUAGUGUUGAUGCAAGUGUUGAAAGGAUCUCAAGCCAGUCCCAAUUUAUUCUGUAUCUGCAUGGAUAUUAGGCUAUACAGGAGACACAGUUCCCAGAUUAGAACUGUAAAGUAUGCUGGUUUAAAAGUGGACCAGAAGACUUGAUGUAUUCAACUCUAUCUGAAAAGCUACCAUAUACAUACCAUUAGUUUGUCAAGAAAUGCAGUGAAGGAAAAAUAGUUGAACUACUUGACGGUCUUAAACUUUACAGUAUUAAUCCCUUGACACAUGUACAUAAUCUACUACAUACUGGGAGAUAUAACUGGAUGUGUUGAAAAAAAAAACUCUAUUAACCAGAAUGUCAAAAUACACUUGUCUUUACUGGGUCACUUUUCCAUUGUGCUGUAGAUGUUACUGUUAUGUGGCCGAUGGUACAGUAUCAAUCAGUAUACUUAGUAGUUACCACGCUAUGUGGAGCAAGACAACCAUGUUGUCAGUGCUGGUAGUUGAUAAAGUGAAUCAAUAUUUGUAACCAAAAGGUAUGUCAGCAAUAAACGACUUUGUACAGUUUGCA